CAAAAUCACGCAUCCGACAGCUCGUGCGAUUGAUCACGGCAUCAACAUCAAUUUGAACAAUCCUAGAAAUCCCACCUUGGCCAGGUCGCGUAGCGGCAGGCAUGCCGCUGUUUCAAGCUGGUCAGCCCUUCAGAAACUUCCUCAGGGCCAUGACCAACCCGACUCGCGUGCCUGUCUUCGUCGUCUCGCUCGAUGCCUUGGGGACAUUGUAUCGCUUCAGGGAGCCCGUGUCCAAUCAGUAUAUCAAGAUUGCUCAGAACUGUGGCCUGAAAUCCCAUGUGGACCCGACACAGCUGAACAAGUCCUUCAAGGAGGCCUUCAAGCAUUACAACCUGGUAUAUCCAAACUAUGGCAAGUCGAAACUCGAGAACCCUGAGAAAUGGUGGACCAAAGUGGUCAACCGAGCAUUCGGCGAAUUGGUCGACAAAGAUGAAAUUCCCUCCAACCUAGGAGUCCAACUAUAUCACCAUUUCUCCUCGGGCGCGGCCUAUGAGCUCUACCCCGAUGUUCGGCCUUUUCUUGACCAUCUUGGUGCCUUGAAGCGUGAGUUCAAUGAUCCUGAUGGUCCGCUUGUCGUCACUGGCGUCAUCACGAAUUCCGACCCCCGGGUCAGUCUGGUCCUGAUGGAUCUGGGCCUGCGGGUAGGCCUUUCCGAGACACCCACCAUCAAUAUGGGCAAAGAACUGAGCGAAUCGUGGGCAAAUGUCAAGGCAGGCCGGUAUGAUGCGGAGCUUGAUUCUAGUCGGAAAUACUUCAAACCUGACAGUGACAUCGACUUUCUGACAACAAGUUACGAGGUGGGCGUCGAGAAACCAGACGCAGCCAUGUGGGACAUGGGUAGACGGCUUUUGAACUUGUUGCCCCUUUUCCGAGCGACUAGUACUUCUAGGCCGUCGUCGCCGUCAAAUCCGGCAGAAUACGCCGAUCUUAUGGCUCGGAGUCUAGGAUAUCGAGUAGGAGAGGUCAUGUGGCUUCAUAUUGGUGACGAGUAUGAGAAAGACUAUGUCGGAGCGACACAAGCCUCAGUAGAAGCUUUGCUUUUGCAGCGAGAGAAUGACGAUGGUAUGCUGCACAAAGGACCGAUGCUAGAGAAGGGUGUUCCGACCAUCUCGACAUUGAGCGAAGCCGCAAUGGUCAUCAACGUGAAGGCUCGACAAUUUUUCCAGCAAAUUGACUCGUAAGAACUUAGGGACGAGUUACGCUUCCUCCUCCAGCUGUUUGUGGUCUACAAAACCCUCCGUUCUACCAUACGCACAAAAAUCGAUGGGAAAUCUACAAAAUUCAAAGAUCUAGGGAGCAAAAUGUCAAUGGGCCAAGGACUCUGCUCACACCUGCUGCUCUACCUAAGAUUCCCUUCUCUAUCGUAGAAGACGAGGCCCCGCCCACCAACCAAAAUUGGCCUACCUUCGAGGGGGAAUCUCAGACACAUACUGCUAGACUGGGUCUAAGCAGAGUGCGACAUGAGGCCUCUACCAUCGGUCCAAUUCAGAGGAAUAUUAGGGGACUUUGACUAAUAAACCACUGGGAGGUUGGUGUGGCAGAAAACUUGAAUUCACCGGCACAAGAAGCACACCGCUGAUGUUGCUUCACUCCGCGGGAUGGCCGUCUGCGCUAAGGGAUACGGACAGGGACGGACAGCUUAUUGAAGACGAAAGGGACAACAUGGGGGGAGGAUCUCCUGGUCUACGAUGGGCCUUCUCGAUAACAAUCUGUUAAAGACGAAGUCGUGGUGUCAUCUCGAGUCCUUGGGUUGACGUAGCAGCGGGCAGAUUUGUCGAAGAUGGAGACGUACCUCGUCGUGGUCACUGGACUGCUUCGAUAGUCGGCAUGAAGAUGCACAUCUCUUUCCCCGGGGCAGCAGGGUUCUUUAUGAUUCUUUGAGAAUAUAUAUUGGAAAUGGUCGUCAAGUCAACAUUCGGCUUUAUCCGGAUGAAACUAUCCGGACAUGGAAAUGAAUUCCUGGUCCUGCAAGCAUGACGUGAUGUAGACAAUACACAGUAGACAUUGCAUCUUCA